AAUUUAUCAAUCACCACAACCAAGUACAGACACCAAACACCAAUCUCACACGGUACCAGUAUAUCUAAGGGAUAACCCAAACACUUGUUUUUCCUUGCAAAACAAUCCCACACAUAUUUCCAAUCAUUCAUCGGUCGCCCACGAUGGAUGUCAGCGACAUCACACCUCAACUCGACCAACUCGAGGAGGAGCUCAGCAAGGCCCAGGAAACUCUUGCGCCGCUGAUAGGCGACAUUGGCGACAUCUCUUCCAAACUCCCCCUUCUGGACAAGGCCAAACUUUACGUGCUGGUGUCGUACACAAUUGAGGCGCUCCUCUUCUCUGCAUUACGCCUUAACGGAGUGGAUACCAAGGCCCAUCCCGUAUUCACGGAGUUGGCCCGUGUGAGGCAAUACGUGGAAAAGAUUGAGAAGCUUGAAAAUCCGCCCGCGGAACGCGAAAAUGCUGUCAACACUGAGGUGGCGGCGCGGUUCCUCAGGUCGGAUCUUGGAGACAACAAAGACAUCAAGGCAAAGCUAACCGAGCUGAUCGCUAAGGAGCGGGAGAAGGCAGCAGCUAAAGCCUCGGAGAAAAAGCGGCCGGCGGAAGAGCAGGCCCCGGAGAACAGCGCUGCAUCCGGAGAGAAACUCGCAAAGCGGCCGAAACGCAACGGUGGCAAGAAGAAGAAAUGAACGCACGAUCAAGCCACCACCGCAUUAAACAACAACCUAGUGGCCAUGACGGCCCACAAGGCGCUGCGGCGCCAUACCCCAUCCAUCGCCGGAUAUGUCCCCAUCCAUCGCCGGAUAUGUUGAACGAGCGUAACCCGACAACAGUCUUUAGCGUGACCUGGAAGGCCUCACGGGGGGAUCGCGGAGGCAGUCCACAUACAAGACUCUAUGCCCACAUCAAUACAUGACGGAUUUAAAGGCCCGUGCAAGGACCGUGUACAAAUGGAGAGUAGAGAGGAGAGGGGAUCAUAGAAAUGUAUUGUAGGAUUAAUACAGCCUGGUAUUUCUAGUUAAACCAAAAGCUCACCGGC